UACAUUCCCGUCUUGGCUCGGCAGUCUCGGGUGGAAUGGUUGUGGCGAUAUGUGGAGGAGGAGCAGGAGUACCUCUUCUUCUUCUUCGAAAUGAUGGAUCCUUCACACAUAGAGGCGAUAGAAAGAGAAUACAAACAGAUAGAAGACAAUGAGGCAUGGAGUCAAGUGUAUCAGUUGUCACGCGGACUUAGUGACUCCGGUCAGGGAAAGGUGCUAGAGGUGCUGCUGGAUAUGCGACGGCAACGCAUGGGCCUCAUCCAGACCCCAGACCAGUUGAAAUUCUCAUAUCAAGCCAUUAUUUAUGGUGCACAUAAACUCAAUGAAAUGAAUGGCAAGGAGCCAGUGGAAGAAAGCAGCAGUGAAGAGCCUUCACUAGCGGAUGAUCUGCCACCACAGCCUCCCCCCCGCACUGACUCGCUCACUCGCUCCAUGAUAGAGAGUCAGCUGGCCCAGGAGCUGCAGGAGGGUCAAGGCACUGACACGGCUCCUGAGGAUGAUGAUGAUGAUGAAGAGUUUGAAGAUGAGAACAAAGAUGCUCCAGCAAGACCUCUACCAGCUGAACCAGCCACUGAUGGUUCUGGGCCAGAAACUUCCCCUCUACCUAGUCCAGUUGAUGAUAUGCCAAAUGACGUACGACAACGGAAGCGACGGGAGCGCAUAGAAGCCACUGCAGCCAAGGUCAAGAACAUGGUAGACAAGCAGAGAGCCAACGAACAGUGGCAAGAGAAAAAGAGGCCCAGCACUGAGGAAGAGACACCAGCCAAGCGUCCACGUGUCUAGAAAAAAAAAAAUCUGCAACCUCUUAAGGGGGGGAAAAAAAUCCUACAUGCAUUGUGAUAUCAGACAAAGAGGUUUUAAGUAGUGGUUUAAUAUAAGGAAAUGUUUCCAUUGUUUGAGUUCUGGGAAAGAGGGAUCAAAUUAAUGAUAAAUGAAAAUUAUGAUAACUUGUUUAAAAUCCUUUGAGGAAUAUUUGUAACAUAGUUACAUUGCAAAAAAGACAAAAAAAAAAGUUCAGUUAUAGUUGAAAGAAACUUUAAAGUUUGUUUGAAGAAAGUAAAUUUGAAUAUCAAGAAAUACUAACACAGAUCAUUCUAAUGGUUAUUUUUGAAUAAUGUGGAGGUGUUGUGAUUAAGUGUAGAAUAAAAUACAUGUGAGUUUCAUUUGAUGAGCAUUUCUGAUAACUUAUGAUAAUUAUGAUGAUGAUGAAGAUGAUGAUAAUAAAAAAAUAUACUAAUAAUAAUACCAAUUAUAACUAUGGUUAAAAUAAUAUUGAUCCUGAAAGAAUUCCAACAUUUUUCAUCACUGGGAAAGCUUUUCUUUUCCCAUGCACAAGUCGAUCAAAAACCUGUAUUGCCAUAACCUUAGAUCUGUGCCGAGAUCCGCUGCCUUAAAAUUAACUGUAGACAAAACUG